AUGUCCGGCGCCGAACCCCUCGUCAGCAAGAGCAGCGCUGAAGCCGUGGAAGCCUUCUACAAGCUACUUGAUGAACGGAAACGUUUUGCAGCGUCGCGAUCGGUCGCAACUACACCCAAAUGGCCAGCAGCCCGCAAUGAUCACUACUGUGACCAAGAGGUGUGUCGACACGAUGUCAUCGACCUUUCUUCUCUAUGUGAGCCGUCCGACAGGGAUAGCGACUGGGAGCCAUACAUCACGGGUGUCAAGAAAUUCCCUAUCAUCGGAUACGAAUCUCCAUCGAACAGCGAACAGUCCAUUACUGAGAGCUGCCGUCAAUACUUCUCUGAUGAUGCGGAUUACAUCGUCCGUCUCCGUUACAACACACCACCCACAGUCUACGAUGACCAAGACCACGGAAGCCGUCGAAUGUCUUCGAUAGACCCCAAAUCAAGCAUUCGCGCCCUUCGACAAGAACUCGACAACAUACAGAUCAGCAGCGCACAGUCUUUCCUUGACCUAGAAGAGCAGAUCGACGUCCUUUCCUCAUCAUACGGUUUCCUGCGGAGGGACUACCAAGCUCUCUCCGACAAACAUAACGAACUCCUGGGGCUUUCAUUGAAGCAGUGCAAAGAGCUAGGCAGUCAGGCCAAGGUCUUGAUGGGAUUGAGCGAGUGGAAAAAGCGCACGGAAAACAGCUUCGCCGCGGUACGCGUUCAAGGGCAAGAACCGGAGGUUUUGUAUUUCGACACAUCGCGUUCAACAUCCACGGCAGAGAUCGGACUGGACGAUCUGAGAGAAACUCCUCUAGUGACGGAGAGUCAGGCUGUUACAUCGACAUCAGACGGACGAGACCACGGUGUCGGAGGGAUCCCGCCACCUCCGGCCAUGCCUCCCACGACGCCUGAACGACGUGUCACACAUCCGCGCUUGGUCCUGAGACUAUCGGCCAAGCCAGUCAUGAAGGAGGAGGUCAUGGAAUCUCAUAGUGCUUUGGUAACGGACGAGGCGCCACGCCCGAAGCGCGUCAGGAAGCCCACGGAGAAGCGCAAGGCCGCUGAGCUGGAUGCUGCAUCGGCAAGGAAAGCGAGGAAGUUGAGUUGCAAAUCAGCCCCGUUCUGA